GGUCGCUUUUUUUCUCGCCCGCCGCCCCCCGUCCACCCCUUUUGGCUCUGGAUUCAAGUCACGCCAUGAUGGUGUUUGGCCCGCCCCAGAUCAUGUCCGGGCCCGACUUGUGCCGAGCUUGAAGUUAGUCUGGAGAACCACCCCUACCGGCCCGGCCAGUCAGCUCCACCCAUUGGAAGUGGGCCCCCCCUUGAGCUUCAUAGCUUCAUAGCUUCAUAUUCGACAUGAUGGCCCCCGGUCGAGUGCACGCUCAACGCAAGUUUGCCCAAGGCCAAUCUGGGCCGAUGUCGGGUCCGCCCACGCCCACCUCGGCCGGUCCGGCCGCGGUUCACGCCAGUGGCUCCUCUACGCGGGCCUCGGCCGCACCCCCGCCGCCUCAUCCGCCCUCGGCUCCGUCUACCCAUUCAUGCAGUACUUCGGGUCACGGCAGCAGCCCCCAACGCGCCGCCAGUGGUGGACUCAAACCCGGCCAGCGUCCCAAGACCGAAGAUUUUCUCACGUUCUUGUGUUUGCGUGGGACCAAUUUAUUGCCCCAGGAACUCGACUUCUUCAAUCAGCCCAGUUUAAGUCACGGGGUGGAGAGCAGUUCGGACGAGUCGAGUGAUCCCGAUGAGAAACUGGCUGCCGGCCCGAGCGUGGCCAAGAAGAGCGUGACCCGGAAGCGGGAGGGACCGUCGCACUUGAAGAAAAUGCCUGCCGGCCCGAAAUUACCGGCCUCCAUGCAGGCCUUGAAGAAAAAGUACACGGACCAACGGAUCGCCAAACGGGUGGUGACCAAGAACAUGACAUCGGUGCGGCAAACCCGAUCGUCGGGUUCGGACCCGAAAUCUAAGAGUGCUCGUGCCACCCGUGCGUUGCGUCGAGAGGCCAAAUCCGGCCGGCGAUCGCCCACCAAAUCCAAUGUGACCCUCACCACCCGACAACCUUCGGCGGCCACGUUAAUGGCCAAGCGUAAAUCCCGCAUGGCCACGUUCACCGCCGCUUCCAGUCGCGUAUCGCGCAUGUUGACCCGUCUCACCCCGCGUGGCACAUCCAAUGACGCCUUCAUCAAGAGCACGAAGAAGAUUCCAUUGAAUGGGCGAUCGUUGCGGGGUCGCGAUAUUUCAGCUAGCUCGGAGGAAGAGGAUGAGGUCGAGGCCGAGCCCAAGAAGACCAAAACUCCACCCAAGCGCAAGCUGAAGAGUCGCCACCAGGCCUUGGCUAAGAAGUCGGAGAACUCCGAGUCCGAUGCGGACGAAGAGACAUCUUCGCGCGAUUCUAGUCGGAAGCCGACCCAUCGUGGGCCUCCCCUUGGGCUCAGUUCCGACAAGCGACGUGGUAAAGGUGAGCCUUCGGCUUACAAGAAGUCAUCCAAACGUGAUUCCCGAUCCAUGAGUCGGGAUAGUAGUGGUUCCAAGGAGAGUGUCAAGUCGGAACAAUCCAAUGUGAGACCUGGACGGAAAGCCAAAGAAGCCGUUUGUCUCAAUAUCCUCGGCAAGAAUCUGCCUGUGGCCAAGGACGAAGAUGGCCUCUCCACUGAAAGUGUGUCCGAAAUGGAUGGCGAAGACCGAAAGGUCAAGCAAAGAGAGAGUGCACCGACGAUAGUGAGUAAGAAGCUCAUCAAGCCCUCCAUUCGGAAAGUGAUGUUGACGGAUGACAAAGACAAAAAGUCCUCGUCGGACGACAAUGAAAGUGAACGGAAAAGGCGACGCGAGAAAGAACUGGACAAAGACAAGCGGAAACCCAAGAGCUCACUCAAGGAGCUCCAAGAUAUGCUUUUGGAAGAGGCCAAACGGAAGAUUGGCACCACUCCUCCAGACGCCAAUAAUUCUGCGGAGACGGAAUCGACCACCAACGAGCCCGAUGAACGAAUCACCAUAUCACAGCGCACUGGAUAUAUUCAGGUCAAGCCAAGAAAGUCGAUCGAUCAGAUGUCUGGUGAUGAACGGAGUCACACACCGGGUACCUUGAUUGGGCCGGAUGGUCGGAGACUAUCUAAAACCGGCGAGAGAACCGCCACACCGCCCAGGAAGAUCUUGCCUAAGGGCGAUCUGGACCCCAGUCGCUCGAGUUCUUCGCCAGCCCAAUGUCACAUUCCCGUGGGUGUGGUGGCCUCGUCUCAGCUCAGCGCCACGCCCACGUCGAUUAAGCCGGGCAUGAUGUCAGCCACGCCCAUUCCCGGGGUGCCCAUUCUCCACCAACAAGUGCCAAUCACGUCUUCGAAUGCCCUCACUCUUGUCCAGAAUAAUCAAGUGCCCUUAACCCAGCCUUUGGUCAUCAACACUAGCUUUGCGAACGGAUCUGGGGCAAAAGGAGGCAAACCACCCGUGUUUACGGCCUCGGGAAUCAUUGUUUCGAAUACGGGCAUCCGAAUGCCCGUCCAAGUUCCGAUUCAAAUGCGACCGGGGAAUGUCAUGGGUGCCUCCGGGGGUCAACCCAUGCCCAUAAUCAAUACAUCGGCUGGCUUCCAGAUUGCCGGCAUGCAACAACUGACCAUGUCGGGGGGGAUCAUACAGCCCGUCAAUACCAUAUCAGUGUCAACCCCUUCUUCGAACGUUCUGAGAAGCCCUUACGGCUAUCCCCAGCAAAUCGUAGCUCAGCAAUUCCCCUUCCAACCCUUGCCUCCGACUCAAGCACAAACACCAGUUCCAUUUUCACGGGCUACUGGAGUACCCGUGACCUUGCAAGGAGGACUGCCUACUAUGCCUACCGGGAUGCUUGGAUCUAAUACAGGCUUGACCACUUCCAACACUCAGCCGCUGCUCUCUCCCGGCCCUCCAAUGUUGUCGCCACAAAUUCAUGGGAAAUCUUCCGGAGGUAAGAAUAGUGCCGACAAUCCCAAGACAGCAAGUUCCACGACAGGAGCUGCCGCCCCAAAUCUUAAGUUCAGCUCUCAACCAGCCAACAACCAAACCAACAAGCUGUCUGAGAUUACACACAAAUCAAACCCUAAACCACAAUCACAAAACAAGCCUCCGAAAUCUGCCAAUUCAAUCAUUCCAAAGCAGCAAUUGGUGAAACAACAGCAACUGCAACAACAACCGCCGCCUCAACAACCGCAACAGAAGCAGCAACAACAAAACCAAUAACAGAAGCAUUAUCCAAUGCUCCCGACCCAGCCACAUCCACAACAGCUCUCUCAAGUUCGAUAUGGAAUGCCCCAUGGUUUUCAGCAUCCCCCCAACGUUGCAUCAUAUGGAGUGUACCGUCAUGCAUUGCCAUCCAAUCAGCAGCCGCAGCCACAGCCACAGCCGCAGACGCAGACGCAGCCACAGUCGCAGCCACAACCACAACCACAGCCACAAAUGCAACCGCACCAGGUCCAAAUGAGCAAGACGCAGAUUGCGUCCAAAAAACCAGUACCCGCUCAAGUCCCAGUGUCCCAUCCUGGAAAAGCAGCCACACCAACCAAGCAGAAAUCUCAAAAGCCCAUCUUCUCUAAAACCAACGAAGCUCUGCCAAAGAAAUCGGCUACAAUAUCAACUACAUGCACUAGUAAUUCUAAUCCUAUCGUUAAUAUCAAUAGUUGUACCCUAAGUACCAACACAACUGCUACAACGACAACAUGUGCAACUUCCACAUCUUCAAACUCGGCAACUGCAACAUUCAAAGUAGAGGAUGAAUCCAGUCCAUAUGCUUUUGAUACUGAACACAUGGAGAAGCCAAGUGCACCCUUCCGGAAAUCAAAAGACAACAAAAUGUCUCCUCACGUCAAACCCGGCUCACCGGCGACCGAUGUCAAGACCGAGAAGAAGGUUGUCAAAACCGAAGUGAUGGACAAGCCCUCCAGUCCUCCCGUGCCUUCAACCUCAUCCGAUGACAUUCAAUGUGACCUUGAGAAUGCCUCGGGUAGUAGCAUCCCCAUCCCCAAAGAGCUUGCCAAUCAAUUGGCUGCUCAAGCCAAGAAGGAAGGCAAGGGAGGCAACUCAGAAAUGACCUACUUCAUUCCACUACAAAGCAGUAGCGGCCAGUCGUUCGGGGUGGCUGUUAAAUUGGGCACCGAGGGACCGGCAGGGCCUAAUCAAAAGGUCAUUAUGAAGGCCAAGCUGGUUACUCAGCCCACUGGCAAACCCAUUGGUAGCAAAGUAUUGAACACAAAGGCCUUGGAAAAGACGCUCGAAAUAGACAAACCCAAGCCUCAGCACCGGUUCACGAGGAUGCCCAUGGCUUCUCCAGCCUCAGUUGAUAGCGAAAGUGACGAUAGCCAACCAAGCACCAGCACUGGGCGAAUAGGAUCACCAGAUUCCGGCCGAUCCAGCGCCAUGCGUCGAAAGUACAAUAAGCAACGAUCCACUCGCGAGGAGAAUGAAUGCUGCCUUGGGGAAGUGGAGGUGAUGGACCGAUUCCCCAAAUUGGGACAACACGCCCAUUUGGUCGAGGCACCGGUGUACCAACCCUCUGAGGCAGAGUUCAAGGACCCGAUGAAGUAUAUCGAGCGUAUUCGGAAAGACGCCGAGCCCUUUGGUUUCUGCAAGAUCAUCCCACCCUCUUCAUUUCGGCCUGAGUGCAAUGUAGAUGAUGAUAUGCGUUUCACGUCCUAUAGUCAGUACAUCCAAAAAAUGAUGGAUAGGUGGGGAAGCCACUCCAAGGAAAUGGCCGCCAUCAAGAAGUAUUUGGACACGCAAAACAUCACCAUCAAACCUCACCCCACGGUGAGUAGCGUGGAGAUUGACCUUCCCGCCCUUUACCAUGCUGUUCAAAGUUUUGGCGGUCUCACGGAAGUAAUCCAAAGGAAACGAUGGGGCAAGAUUGCAGACUAUCUGAGGAUACCCAAAGGCACGCAAGACCGAGGCAAUAAGCUCGACGAUAUCUAUUGCAAAUAUCUCUUGCCCUACGACACUUUGAGUGAAGUGGAACGAGAGGAGCUCUUGCGAUUAGUUGAAGAGGAGCACGAGGAGCGGCUCAAGGAAAUGAGAGACAAGUUGAAGAAUCAGGAUGAAGAUGCCGACGACGAAGAGGAGGAAUCCGAGGACGAAGAUGAAGAGUGUGUCGUGAAAGGCAAAAGCACAUCUUUGGGUCAAUUUUUUCGAGUGGCCAGAAACGUUCUGUCUCUGAUAUUCAAGCAACCUGAGCCCGAACCGCGGGAAGUGGAGGAAGACUACUGGCGGAUCGUCAUUGACCGCGAUGGGCACGUUCAAGUCCAUCAAGGUUCGAUUGAUACGGGUGAUGAAGGGUUUGGCUUCCCCACCUCAAAGAACUCCUCUUGUGGACGACAUCCCUGGAACCUGAAGAUACUCUCCAACAACCCCAAGUCAUUAUUAAGGUGCAUGGGCCCUGUCAUGGGCGUGACCGUGCCCACUCUCAAUGUGGGGAUGGUGUUUACGAGUGGAUGUUGGUACAGAGAUCCACAUGGAUUGCCUUGGGUCGAAUACCUCCAUACGGGAGCGUCCAAAGUCUGGUAUGGCAUCCCUGAAUCACAUAGUAUCGCCUUUUAUACGGCAAUGAAGAAACUCGUUCCCACUCUUUGUCGGAAUAAGAAGAUUUGGCUCCCCGCCGACACCACCAUGGUCCCACCAAAUUUGCUGGUCAAAUACGGUGUUUCCGUGUGCCGGACAAUCCAAGAGCCGGGUCAGUUUUUAGUAGUGUUUCCCAAAUCUUACUCUUCAUACAUCUGCACCGGCUAUUCCCUCUCGGAGAGUGUCUAUUAUGCACCCAAAGACUACCUGAACAUUGCCCUGGAAGAGUUUCAAAACAUCCAGGAGAGUCGUGAGCCAAUGAUGUUUCCAUUCCCCAAGUUAAUCGUAUGCAUUGCUCAAGACGAAAUGUCCACCAAAGACACUCUGCAACGAGUCAAACCAUUUUUGGAAAAGAUCCGCGACAACGAGUACGUCAAACACACCAUGAUCCGAGAUCUCGGCGUCAAGACCUCCGAGCGGAUCAAAUUGAGGUCCAAGAAACAAGAACAAGACGACGAGUACGAAUGUGAGAUUUGCAGCGAAAACCUUUACGUCUCCUAUGUCUGUGAUGUCAAAGAGGACACAUACUAUUGCCUCAAACACGCGAUCGAGUAUCUGCAAGACCGGAAGCAAACCCUGCGAAAGAAUUGCAAGAUCCUGUACACUCACAGCAAAGAAGAAAUCUGCUCGAUCAUUAAGGAUCUCAAUAAGCGAAUGGUCGACUCUGACGACGAUGAAUCUUCAUCCGAAGAAGAAUUAGAAGUCAAGCGAACUAUUGAGAAAAAGAAACCCAUGGUUCCUCGACCAGUCAUCCCGCAUGACUCGCAACCCAUGUCUCCGAGUUUGUUUCCAAUGCUCUCUCCGUCCUCGUCAUCCAGUAAAGGUAAAGCACCGGCCAAAAGGAAGACGGCUGAUCUCGAUCUCUCACCUCCCAUCGUUCUACCCAAAGCCGAGGCCAAGAAAAAGGCCAAAAAUGUGAAGGAACUUAAAGAGUCCAAGACUGAGCCCGUCGAGAAGAAAGCCAAGAGACCACCCGUUUCAAAGAAACGCAAGCGCGAGGAUGAACCCUUGAACAACCCCCCCGUUACCUCGUCGUCGAAGAAACGAAAUGUCAAGGCCAGAAAAGCCUCGCAUAACAAGUCCGGCAAUCUCACGGUGGAACUUCUGGACAUGUUGCUUUCGGAAUCCGAGAGUGAUAGUGACGCAUCAGACAGUGAGGCUGAGAGUAGUGAUGAAUCAUGGAAAUAAAUACCCCACGGUUCAUUCCAACCUCAAUGAAUAUACCGAAACAGUAUUGCUUAUUAAAAACGUAUUUGAGCUGAAAGUCGAACUUACCUCCGGUAUAUGUGCUUUUGAGCAAUCUCUUCCCAACCCAUCUCUCGAAUGUCUUGACAUCCAACCCAACUUCCACCUCAUAAUCUGACAAAAUAUGUUUUUUGAGAUAUACCCAUGAAAAUAUGAGAUUUAUUAACUCAGAACACAAUAAAGAAUGUGUUAAAAGUGCAA